UUGUAGCUUGCGAAUACUUUCUCCCAUUCUGUAGGUUGUCUGUUUGCUCUUGUGACAGUUUCUUUGGCUGUGCAGAACAGUUUGGGUUUUUAAUACAAGUGAUUAUGGGGGAUUUAAGGAGUUUGGGUUGAAAAAUAUACACGUGCCAGAAAAACAUAAUGAAGAAAGUUAGUGAAAUGCACAUAUAUUGAGAAGUAUAUUUAAAAACUGAACAAAAUAAGCCAGGCAUGGAGGCUUGCACUUGUAUUCUGAGCUAAUCAGGAGACUAAAGCAGGAGGAUCACUUGAGCCCAGGAGUUUGAGGUUGCAGUGAGCUCUGAUGAUGCCACUGCACGCUAGCCUGGGCAACAUAAUGAGACACUGUCUCUAAAAAAAAGAAUUCUGCAAAAUAAAUCCAAUUAAUCUCUGUAAAACAUAUUACCCCACCACCUAGUUUCUAACAUGCUGCCUUGCAUGAAUCUCCAAAUGUAGAAUAAAUUUACAUGUGGCAAAGAAAGGCCAAUUUUUUUUAGCUCAGAUACACUGGUGUAAAUGAUUUUGCUUGGCAACAGCAAACUUUCAUGAUUUCAUAACAGAUUCAUCAUUUCAACACAGAAAAAUAGAAUGGGAAAAUGAAUUAACUCAUCACUGCUUUCCAAGUAAUAGGGGAAACACUGGAUUAAACGAUAUCAACUGGUAACUUCAUGAGUUCCUGAAGCCUUUGAAGUGCUUCAUAUUUUGAAUCACCUAAGUGGGUACAGCUUUUUCCAAACUUUUGACAUGAAAAACCCGAAAAGGGUAGCCUCUCAAUAGAUUAUAUGUAUGGUUGAGUGGGACUUGAUGUUCAUUCGCAUGGGAUGUCCUGGAUCAGAGAGGGUGAAUUAGGUAGGUGGUGGAAUCUACUGAAUCAAUCAGAAUAUUCACUUACCUUGUGAUAAACAUGUUUUCUAAUUAAGAGAAAGGGAUGCAGUAAGGAAAAUACAAGUGGUGGUUUCUGGCUGUUGAAAAGUACACUGCAUAAGCACAGCAUUAGAUAUGGCCCUUUUCUAUCUUUCCGGGGGUUUUUGUUUGUUUGUUUGUUUGUUUUUAAGUAUUGAGAUAAGAGUUUCCCCAAUCCCCCAUUUUUUGGAUUGUUAUUGUUCAAAAUCUCAGAGUCUUGGAUACUUCCUCUCCUUAGCUCUCUGUUGUGUUCUGAGUGCUUCCACUCUAGUUCAGUCCUCUAUCAUUAUUUCCACCUAAGGGUAGUCAUGAGUAAUAGAGGGUAGAGCUAUUUGAAUCUGAUCUUGAUUUAUUUAUUUAUUUAUUGCCUAUGUGUGACUUGGGGCAAGUUAUUAAUAGUUGACCUGUCAGAAUCCCCUUCCUUGUAUGUAAAGUGGUGUGUGAAAUAAAUAAUAUGAAGUACAUAAAACAUGUGGCAUUGUGUACCUGGUUCAUAAAUGCGACCCCUCCCCCAUUUAAGAAAAAGUAUCCUAACAAUUCUGUUCUUUUCUUUAACUCCAUUCUGCAAACCAUUAGUUUAGGAGCCCAAAGCUCCUAAACUCCACUUUCAUUCAAUUUUUACCCACUUCAAAAAACCUUCAUUGGCUUCCUGUCAUACAUUAGAUCAUGAAACUCUUCAGCCAAGUUUUGAGGGACCUAUGAGAUCUGCUCUUAGUCUCCUGGUCCUCUUCCCAUCUGUUACUGUGUUCACACUGUUUCCCUUGUGAGGUGGGUCCUCAUCCUACUUUGCCUGCCCAAAUCUGCAUAUUGUUCAAGGUUCAGUUCAAGAGUCACAGUGUCUGGAAAAUCUUGGAUGGCCACAUACCCCCGUGACUCCCUUCUUAACCUCUUAGCAGUCAAGGUGCUGUCUGUGUGAUUCAUUUGGCACUUCUACUGCAGGGGACAAAUGUCCUUCAGAAAUCAGAGUUUUUUUCAGAUGCACAUACUAUGGAUUACUCAACAUGCCCAGUGGGGCCUGGGGUAGUACCGCAAUUGAACAUAUUAAUACUGCUUUAGAGAAGCGGAGGGGGCUUCUGAGGAGUCGUGAAAAGGUGAGGUUAAGAUUCUGAGAGGGAGGCACCAGUGGCUGGAUUCGACCUGGGAAGAAUCUUCUGCUGACCCUCAACUUUGCCUGGAAAAAUGAAUCAUUCUCACCAUCACCCGACAACUUCAUCCUCACACUCCUAUGGUGGAGGAGACAGCGACAUGAUGAUGAUGCCUAUGGCCUUCUACUUUGGCUUUAAAAAUGUGGAACUCUUGUUUUCCGGUUUGGUGAUCAAUACAGCUGGAGAAAUGGCUGGAGCUUUUGUGGCAGUGUUUUUACUAGCAAUGUUCUAUGAAGGACUCAAGAUAGCCCGAGAGAGCUUGCUUCGUAAGUCACAAGUCAGCAUUCGGUACAAUUCCAUGCCUGUCCCAGGACCAAAUGGAACCAUCCUUAUGGAGACCCACAAAACUGUUGGGCAACAGAUGCUGAGCUUUCCCCACCUCCUGCAAACAGUGCUGCAUAUCAUCCAGGUGGUCAUCAGCUACUUCCUUAUGCUCAUCUUCAUGACGUAUAACGGGUACCUCUGCAUUGCUGUAGCAGCAGGGGCUGGUACGGGAUACUUUCUCUUCAGCUGGAAGAAGGCAGUGGUAGUGGACAUCACAGAGCAUUGCCAUUAAUGUCUAACUCCAUGGCGUGGCCUUACCGAUUAUAGUGGGAAGCAGUUCGAGACUGGAAGAUGUGAUUCCUGGUCCAAUCAUCCCUUUUUGCUCCUGUCUCUUUAUACACACACACAUACACAUGCCCCUGCUCAGCAGAAGUUUAGUUUACAGUCUCUGAGCUAAAGUGGUAACCUCCCAAACUUUUUUCUAAUAAGCUGAGAUUCCCAUAUCUCUUGAGGAGAAGCCACCCAUGAGAUGUCUUUUCCUCCCCCAUCAUUCUAGAUCUAAGUUAUAUGUUCUUGUCUAAUCCAGGUAGCUUUCUAUUCAAUGACUUGAUCAUCUGCUUCCUUUUUAAUCUUCUGAAUUUUUUUAAACAGACAGUAAGUGAAUUUGGUGGGUUUUUUCCCUGUGUGAGUGAUGGAAAGGGAUUAAUUUCAGCCAGGAUUAAUGGCAGCUGAGGGAAAUUCUUGCCCAACUAAACCCAGAACUCAAAUUUAACAUUAGAAAAUAAGGUUCUGUCCUUGGACUUAAUGAGUGGGAGAUACAUCGUGCCUUUCUCUAGGUGUGAUGUGUUGCACUGAAAUCUUUGUAGUGUGCAGAAGAGUGGUUUGAGACUAAAUCCAGGCCUAGAGCUUGCAGAGAGUGUAUUCUUGAAUGGCUAACUCAUCAACUUGUGUUCCCACUUAACAUUUUGAUUAGAAUGAACUUGCCAGUCAAAAAAAAAAAAAAAUCAAUUUGAGAAAAUAGAUAUUUUAAAAUAAAACCAUUGGCAUUUUACUUUGACUUGGUAUCUUGGUUUGUCCCAACUGAAAGAAGCAAAAGAGUUUAAAUUAUUUUUUCUCAUUAUUGUUUUCACAUGUCUGCCUCUAUGCCAGUGAUUUUCAAAUUUUAGCAUGUAUCACAAUCACUUGGAGGACUUGUUAAAACAUUAGUUGCUGGGCCUCAACCCCAGAGUGCCAAAACUGGUGUUUCUAAGUUCCCAGGUGAUGCUCCUGCUGAUGGUCAGGGGACCACACUUUGAGAAUGUGUGCGUUAAACUAAGAAAGCAUCACCUGGUGGGGUGGAUUACCUGAUAUUGGGCAUGGACGUUUGAAUUGCUGACUGGUGGGUGGUAUGUUUGGGCUUAACUCACUUAGUAAAUGCUGCUACUCAAUACUUAAUCGUUCCACAUUUAUUCAGCUCCAGCUGUGUAUAUGUGUGCCCGCGUGCACAUGCACAAAGGGCUAUAGCCAGAGUAUUUUCACUAGCCUAUAUGAAAUCACUAGUCCUUAUUUUUAAAGACCUGUGGUUUCUUGGAAGUAGUUUGAAUGUUGAGAGAGACCUUUGAUCUGCAGUGUAAAUCCACUAGUCAUGGUCCAGAAGGGCAAAAUUCCAGCUUUCUCUUUGGAGAGACUGAGGGUGUGGUUUGCUGAUGGCCAGAUUUUCCUCACAUACAUGCCCAUCCCAGGCAGACCCUUAUCCUCCACGUGACCAUCUUUAUUACUCUGGGGGGCUUAAUUAGAUCACAAGUGGCCAAAACCUCAUUUCUCAAUGAAGAAUCACAUUGGAUUUUUAUUCUGUUCAGUUGUUAGUCUACAUGGCAAUCCAAACUACCUCUGUAAAGGGAGUCUUCCUUUGCUGGUCUGUUAAAUCCUGCCCUCCUUGGUGCUAGAUCUAAUUGUGCCUCAGGGUAGAGGACACAAAACAGUACUACCCUGUUGAAGUUUGUACUUUCUCUAUGGGUGCCAGUUAAAUAUUGGAGAGCAAGGAAUGUGUACUUGUAUGGCUUUGAACCAAGAAGUAGGAGGAUCACUUGAGCCCAGGAGUUUGAGGUUGCCGUGAGCUGUGAUGACACCACUGCACUCUACACAGGACAACAGAGUGAGACUCUUUCUCAAAAAAAAAAAAGCAAUGGUCCUGCUGGAACUUGUAUAAGGCUGGGUAAAGGAAAACCUAGUACCCUCCUCAGAGUUGUAGAAUCUUAGGUGCUGUCUCCAGUCUAUGAUGGAGGAACACUCAGCAGCCCCUUUGGCCACAAAUAGGGAAUCCUCAGUGUGUCCACCAGGGGAUUGGAAAUUAAGGUUUCUUCACUACUUCUGUGAUAGGGUUGUCUGGAAUUCCCUUUCAGACUAUGGGUACUAGUCUUGAGUUCUAGUUACAAGGGGUUCCUUAUAAGGAGCUGGGAGGAAGGGGCAGGGGGUACACUUUCAUGUCAUUUAAUUUUGAACCUGCCCUCUCCAGCUGCUUCUUCAGAAGAUACAUCUAAAGAUACAAAGACUGUGUUUGAUGUAAUGCCUUAAUCACUGGGUCUACAAUUAAUGUUGACUAUUUUAGAUUGUAAGUUCCUGGAGAGCAGUAUUGCUGUAGUAGGAAUGUUUUAACAGUGUCAUGUGCAAAAGAACAAAAUAAAUAUUUUGAUUUUGUGAU